CGUUCGUGAUUCGUUCAUCGCUAGCAGGAACUGGUGGAGCUCGUGUGCGCCGCUGAGUGCUACAAGCCGGCUAGCAUGCCGCUCAGACCCGGAGCCGACUUCAAAUAAUCCUCAGCAGAAAUACUCGGUGUCCGCGCAGGAGAAGGGACCAUCUGCGAAGAGGAAGACGCCGACGCGAGCGGAGGAGAGUGCGAGGCGGAGCGGAGCGUGUGGCCGCGGGAAAGCCUUCCUGACCGACCGACUCCAGAACAUGGCGGAGCAGCACACCGCCACCGACUGCAAGCACAAAGCGAGCCCGGGCGCGGGGGGCUCCGUCUCGGGCAACGGGCGACCCAACGCCGCGGCUGGAUGCGGCGGUGGGGGCGGAGGCCUGUCCGGCGGACUGACGCAGCCGGCGGGCUGGCAGUCCCUCCUGUCCUUCACCAUCCUGUUUCUGGCCUGGCUGGCGGGCUUCAGCUCCAGGCUUUUCGCCGUGAUCCGAUUCGAGAGCAUCAUCCACGAGUUUGACCCCUGGUUCAACUACAGAUCAACUCAUCACCUCAGUACUAAUGGUUUUUAUGAAUUCCUCAACUGGUUUGAUGAGAGGGCAUGGUAUCCACUUGGCAGGAUUGUGGGUGGCACGGUUUACCCUGGGCUGAUGGUGACAGCAGGUCUAAUCCACUACCUACUGAACCUCCUGAAUGUGACUGUGCACAUCCGUGACGUGUGCGUGUUCCUUGCUCCGAUCUUCAGUGGCUUGACAGCCAUCUCUACCUUCCUGCUGACACGGGAGCUGUGGAAUCAGGGAGCUGGGCUUCUGGCUGCGUGCUUUAUCGCUAUAGUGCCUGGCUACAUCUCCCGCUCCGUCGCUGGCUCCUUUGACAAUGAGGGCAUAGCUAUCUUUGCCCUGCAGUUCACCUACUACCUCUGGGUGAAGUCUGUUAAGACGGGCUCAGUCUUCUGGACGAUCGGCUGCUGCCUAUCCUACUUCUAUAUGGUGUCUGCAUGGGGAGGCUAUGUCUUCAUCAUCAACCUGAUCCCUCUGCAUGUGUUUGUGCUGCUCCUCAUGCAGCGUUACAGCAGGAGGCUGUAUAUUGCAUACAGCACAUUUUAUAUAGUGGGCUUAGUGUUAUCCAUGCAGAUCCCAUUUGUGGGCUUCCAGCCUAUAAGGACAAGUGAGCACAUGGCUGCAGCAGGUGUAUUUGCGCUGCUGCAGGCCUAUGCCUUCUUGCAGUAUCUCAAGGACAGGCUGACGAAGCAGGAGUUCCAGACCCUUUUCUUCCUUGGCGUGUCUCUGGCUGCUGGGGUGGUCUUCCUUACAGUCAUUUAUCUGACCUACACAGGCUACAUUGCACCUUGGAGUGGCCGGUUUUAUUCACUGUGGGACACCGGGUAUGCCAAGAUCCACAUUCCCAUCAUCGCCUCUGUAUCAGAACACCAGCCCACCACCUGGGUCUCCUUCUUCUUUGACCUUCACAUCCUAGUGUGCACUUUCCCUGCAGGACUCUGGUUCUGCAUCAAGAACAUCAAUGAUGAACGGGUUUUUGUGGCACUCUAUGCCAUCAGCGCGGUGUACUUUGCGGGCGUGAUGGUGCGUCUCAUGCUGACCUUGACCCCAGUAGUGUGCAUGCUCUCAGCCAUCGCUUUCUCCAGUGUGUUUGAGCACUACCUGGGAGACGACAUGAAGCGAGAGAACCCGCCGGCUGAGGACAGCAGUGAUGAGGAUGACAAGAGGAACUCAGGAAAUCUCUAUGACAAGGCAGGAAAAGUGCGUAAGCAUGUGUCAGAGCAAGACCGACCAGAGGAAGGACUUGGGCCCAAUAUUAAGAGCAUUGUGACCAUGUUAAUGCUAAUGUUACUGAUGAUGUUUGCUGUGCACUGCACCUGGGUCACCAGCAACGCCUACUCCAGCCCCAGUGUAGUGCUGGCAUCGUAUAACCACGAUGGAUCAAGGAACAUUCUGGAUGAUUUCCGUGAGGCGUAUUACUGGCUGAGGCAGAAUACAGAUGAGCAUGCGCGGGUCAUGUCUUGGUGGGACUAUGGCUAUCAGAUAGCAGGCAUGGCCAACAGAACUACACUAGUGGACAACAACACCUGGAACAACAGUCAUAUAGCACUGGUGGGCAAGGCAAUGUCCUCCAAUGAGAGUGCAGCAUAUGAGAUUAUGAAAUCUCUGGAUGUGGAUUAUGUGCUCAUCAUUUUUGGGGGAGUGAUUGGGUACUCAGGAGAUGACAUUAACAAGUUCCUAUGGAUGGUGCGCAUUGCAGAGGGAGAGCAUCCUAAAGACAUCCGGGAGAGUGACUACUUUACUCCUCAGGGAGAGUUUAGAGUAGACAAGGCUGGCUCUCCUACCCUGCUCAACUGCCUCAUGUACAAGAUGUCUUACUACCGCUUCGGGGAGAUGCAGCUGGAUUUCCGCACCCCACCCGGGUUUGACCGGACACGGAACGCAGAGAUUGGCAACAAGGACAUUCGCCUGAAGCACCUGGAAGAGGCGUUUACCUCUGAGCACUGGCUGGUGCGCAUCUACAGAGUGAAGAAGCAGGAGAACCGGCAGGCUCUGGACCACAAGCUCCGCAAUGUCGCAGCCAAACAGAAGUACACCUCAAAAAAGACGGCCAAGAGGAAGCGUGGAUACGUUAAAAACAAAUUAGUGCUGAAAAAAGGCAAGAAACUGAACAAGAAGUCAGUUUAGUUGUUAAACGGUAAAAAAGUGAAAAUGGCAAAUGAGGCAAAAAAAGACAAUGACAAAUGCAACCAGUAAUCCACCAAUCAAGAAGAAGAGCAAACAAGUCGUCUGGCAUCCGACCACCUGAAAGUAUUUGAUUGGAGGCUUUGAUGCUGUGACUGCCAUGACGACAUGGAGGCUGUGUGAUCUGACUGAGGGGGUUGGAGGAGAAGGCCUGGACAGGGAUCUCUUGUUGGUUUUAAUCUGAUGAUUCUGGACAUUUUUUUUUGUUUUGUUUUGUUUUUUCUUUUGUACUUGAAUGUGUUGGUAAGGAAAUUGAGCUGUCCUAUACAUUGAGAUGGCAACCCUGUUUUUGUGGUGCAGUCUGACCUAAUUUCACCACAACGGUAAUAUAAGAUGAAGUGAUUAAGCUGAGUGAACCUUGGAGCAGUAGCACCAAAGAGAUCCCGUUGUUUUGUUUUGUUUCGUUUUUUUCAGAGCCUGUGCUAACUUGUUACUUUUUUGAUAAAAAAUAAAAAUAAAAGCUAUGGAGUACGAGGGCUAUGGAGUGGUCUGCAGUACUGAGGGCCAAAAACCCUCCUGCCUAUUUCUCAGAAUGCAGUGAGGUCACUGUCACUUUGAAUGUGUGAAUAUCUGAACACAGCAGGCAUUGCAAAGGACUGAAUUAUUAGUAAUGUGUUUAAUUAUUGUGGUGAUUUUAAAUAUAGAAUUUUUGUUUCUUUUUUGUAUUGGUUAUCAGAUGUUUAUGCAAUAAUUCUCAAACGGAAAUACUUUUUUUGUUUUUUUUUUGUUUUGUUUUUUUCUUUCUCUCCUAUCUCUUGUCCAGUGGUCCUGCUGCUUGGUUUCAGCAGUGCCCCAGGUGUAGUGAAUGCUGUAGAUAGACUGUUGGAUAAAGGAUGUUCUCCCCCACUUUGUCUGAUAUGUUGGGCCUUGUAGGAAUCUGUUUCUCCCCGUUUUUUUUUUUCCUAAUGACUGUCUCACUUUGCCUGACAGGAGCAAGUGUGACUUGUGUUAGUUGUAGGGUUUUAUAAAAUGCUGCAUUACUAGCCUGAAUGCACUUUGGCUUAGUUCACCUUCAGGUGGAUCCACUACUGAGUAGCAUGCGGGUGAAGAGUGCGUAUACUUAGUGACAAGUUUUCUGUUCUGCUGUUUAGAGUGACAAAUCUGCCUCUCCCUCACCAUCGGUUUAAUUUCUUCUUUCUUCCACUACUAGUGGACAGUUCACACACUUCAGAUCUUGGUUUGGUCUCUUGCUCCAUGUUUUUUUUCUUUCUUUGGUUUUUUCUUUCUUCAGUGCACUGCUUUUGCUUCAUCUCUGUGUGAUUGGGAGGAAGGUUAUAGUAAUUUCUGAGGACUAUGCUGACUCAUUCUAACAGCCUAACAUCAUAUCUGUUUCAUACGUAACGAACUCUAAAGGUAUUUAUUUAUAAGAACAAAAUGGAAGUUUAAAAAAGGGCAGCAUGUCAUCAAGAAAUGAAAAACCUGUCUGUUGUUUAAAUUGGAGUUUCUUUCAUGAAUUGUAAAAAGUUUAUAAGGAAAGUAAGAAAGGAUGCUACUGUUAGAAUGAGCGAUGCCUUUGUGAUUAAAGGAGUAAACGAAA